CUCCUUUCGCCUGUCCUGAUUCUUAAUUCUAGAGGAUGUUGCUUCUGUUGUAUUGUUCCGUUUUCACGGGGACAUACUAGAUCCUAGCGUCUGAGAGCCAGCACCUCCACCAAGCGCAGGGCAGAUACCUCAAACCACCAAAAGCAUGGCAGGUCAGCCACAGCAGGAGCCCGUCCUCGCGGAGCUCUUCUCCAGCCACGCCCUCAACACCAAGUUUACAGACCUAACCCCCGAUGCCGUCGCCCAGGCCAAAGUGUUUAUCCUCGACACCCUGGGCGUCGGCAUCGCUGGCUCCUCGGCCUACGGCGCAGACACAAUCAUCAAGUCGGCCAUGAGCUGGGACGGCUCUGGCCCCUCCGGAUCCAGCAGCGGAGCAUCCAGUGCUUCAGGACAGGCCACGCUAUGGGGCCGUUCCGCGAGGGCUCCGUCCGCAGGCAUCGCGGCCAUGGUGAAUGGCUUCCAGGUGCAUUGCCAGGAAUACGACUGUGUGCAUGAAGGCGCCGUGAUGCACCCGCUUGCAACUCUGCUGCCAGCCGUCAUGGCGUUUGCAGACAAACACGACCGGGCGAUCUCUGGACGGGAGCUGAUUGUCGCGUGUGCCGUCGGCGUCAAUGUCUCUGCUGGAUUGGGCAUCGCGGCCAAGUCUCCGAUGCGGUUCUUCCGGCCUGCCACAGCGGGCGGGUUCGGUGCGGCUGCGGCCGUGGGGAGGUUGAUGGGGUUGGAUGAGGAGACGCUCGUCCGAGCCUUUGGCCUGCAGUACACUCAAACCAGCGGUACGCUGCAGCCGCAUGUUGAGGGCAGUGCUGCGUUGCCACUGCAGGUCGGCUUCAACAGCCGGGCUGCGCUUCAGGCGUGUGACUUGGCACAGGCCGGGAUGCCGGGCACGCGGGACUGCUUCGAGGGGACGUAUGGCUACUUGCCACUGAUUGAGGGCCCGGUGCCGUGGGAUUUGUCCGGAACCAUGGAGGGUAUCAAUGGCAGACGGUGGCUCAUUGCCGAGAUCAGCCACAAGCCAUACCCUGCUGGCCGGGCCACUCAUGGAGGCGUCGAGGGUAUUCUCGAGCUCAUGAAGCAGGGCGGCUCGACGGUGACACCAGAUCAGAUCGAGAACAUCACCAUCACAGGACCGCCCGUGACGGCGAGGCUGUGUUCGCGACCAGAUAUAGAGAAUCCGCCGCCAAACUAUGCCCGGCUGUGCAUGUCGUACAUCGGAGCCAAAGUGGUGCUCAACAACAAGCCAGUGGACCUGGCUCACUACCGGGGCCAGGAACUGACCGACACGGUGACGCAUGACCUGGCCAGGCGAAUUCGCAUGGUGUCGGAUGGCGGAGACGACCCGGCUGCGCUGGUGCCGAUUAGCGUCGAGAUGAAGGUCCAGGGAGAAGCCAAAGCUCGCAGCUGGAGGUGUGAGCAGAUGCUGGCUAGCCCAACGCGACGACUGCCCCGCGAACAACAUCUGACGAAGUUCCGGAGAUGCUGGGAGUUCUCUGCGGAGCCACUUCCCGAGAAGAACAGGGACAGGUUGAUCGCCUUGGUGGACGAUCUUGAGAACUUGGGCGAUAUCAGAGCGUUGACAGAUAUGAUGGCGCCCCCAGCUGCUAGCGCUCGAUUAUAGACUUCCUCGUGUUGAAACAAAGAUAGUGUGAUACAAUUUUAUCGAACAAUGGAUGCCGCAGACCUUUGUGUGAGAUCUGUCGCGAGCCCACGUG